AUGACUUCUCACAUUCCCUCCUUGAACCCAUCGCUCGCUCUGGUCCCAAAGCUCGAGCCUGAAACCGAAUCUAACCCACAAGCCCCGAAUCCAUCAUCCUCAACCUUCAAUUUCAACCUCCCCGUCCAACCUCCCUCCGCUCAUCCUUCCAUCGAACCCAGCUUGUUCAUGGAGUUCAACAAUGUCGCGGAGACUUUCCGUUCCGCUUUCGCUAAUCGCCUCAGGCGUCACGAGGACGUCACGGUUAUCGAUUCUCUCGAUUCUCUAACCGGAGCAAUCGUACCGGUGGAGGAAGACCCGAAUCCAGUUACUUACUCACUCAACGACGCUUCAGCUUCACAAUCCGUCGUUACCCGAAAGCCGAAGCCACAGGAGCGUUCGUCUGAGCUUGUGAGGAUCACCGAUAUUGGGUCUGAAGGAGAGAGACAGUUCCGAGAGAUAGUGAGGAAGACGAGGAUGAUCUACGAUUCCCUCAGGAUCUACUUGAUAAUGGAAGAAAGGCGUGAAGGGCUUGGGAUCGGAAGGAGGAGAGGAAGGCCGGAUAGUAAAGCUGCGUCGAUGAUGAAAGAGCGGUUAUUGUGGCUGAAUCGUGACAAACGGAUCGUCGGUUCGAUCCCCGGAGUUCAAGUUGGGGACAUCUUCUUCUUCAGGCUUGAGCUUUGCGUUAUGGGUUUACAUGGACAGACACAAGCUGGGAUUGAUUAUCUCAUAGGGAGUCGUAGCUCUAACGGAGAGCCAAUUGCUACUAGUGUCAUUGUUUCAGGUGGGUAUGAGGAUGAUGAUGAUCAAGGAGAUGUGAUUUUGUACACAGGACAUGGUGGGCAAGAUAAGCUCGGUCGGCAAGCUGAACAUCAGAAGCUAGAAGGUGGGAAUCUCGCAAUGGAGAGGAGUAUGUACUAUGGGAUUGAAGUGAGAGUUAUUAGAGGGUUUAAGUACGAGAACUCCGUUUCGAGCAAAGUCUAUGUCUAUGAUGGUCUGUUUAGGAUUGUUGAUUCUUGGUUCGAUGUUGGGAAAUCUGGCUUCGGUGUGUUUAAGUUUAGGCUUGAGAGGAUCGAAGGUCAAGCCGAGAUGGGAACCUCGGUCAUGAAGCUAGCCAAGACUCUAAAAACCGAUCCUUUGUCCGUGAAACCGAGAGGUUACAUCAGCUUCGAUAUCUCCAACAGGAAGGAGAAUGUCCCUGUCUAUCUGUUUAACGACAUUGACGACGAUAAAGAGCCUUUGUAUUACGAGUACCUUGUGAAAGCUUCUUUUCCCCCUGGAUUGUUGUUUCAACGGAGUGGUAAUGGAAGUGGAUGCAACUGUGUCUCAGGUUGUAGCAGUGGCUGCCUUUGUGCUAUCAAGAACGGAGGUGAGUUUGCUUAUGAUUACAAUGGGAACCUGAUUAGGCAGAGACAGAUGAUACAUGAGUGUGGACCGGCUUGCAUGUGCCCUCCGAAUUGUCGAAACCGCGUUACUCAAAAGGGUUUGAGGAAUAGACUAGAAGUCUUUAGGUCGGUGGAAACAGGUUGGGGGGUUCGGUCUUUGGAUAUAUUACAUGCUGGUGCUUUUAUCUGUGAGUAUGUUGGUGUUGCUUUGACAAGGGAACAAGCAAACAUUGUUACCAUGAAUGGUGAUACAUUGGUGUACCCUGCUCGGUUCUCUUCUUCUAGAUGGGAAGCUUGGGGAGAUUUGACUCAGGUUUUUACUGAUUACGAGCGGCCUUCGUACCCUCAGAUUCCUCCUGUUGAUUUCGCAAUGGAUGUGUCGAAGAUGAGGAACGUCGCUUGUUACAUUAGCCACAGUAAUGAUCCUAAUGUCAUUGUUCAGUUAGUACUCCAUGAUCACAACAACAUGAUGUUCCCUCGGGUUAUGCUUUUCGCCGCGGAGAACAUUCCUCCCAUGACUGAGCUCAGCCUUGACUAUGGAGUGUCAAGUGAAUGGAGCCCCAAGCUCGCCAUUUGUAAUUAG